CUCUUAUAAAGCAUAUGGCUUCAACUCAUAGAAAACUUGUUUCCUUAAUUAUCAUCACAUUUUGCCUUGUUAUAGAUCAUACAUCUGCCGAAUGGUUGAAUCAUGGUGGUGACAUAACAAACAGAAGGUCAGCUCCUGGAGAAAUUUUGAUCAGCCCACGAACUAUAAACAAGUUGAAAUUAAGGUGGAAAUUCCUAGCCGGAUUUGACAUUACAGCAACCCCAGCAGUUGCAAAUGAAGUAGUUUACUUCCCAUCAUGGAAUGGAAAUCUUUACUCAGCUCCACCAGAAGUGCUGAAAUGCCAAGCAACACAAAACAAUCGAACAACACCACCAGUUGUUUCUGAUCAGUGUUUUGGUAAAGAUAUUCAUUUUGAUUCAAUUCUUGCACUGGAUUUGUUUUCUGGACAAAUUGUGUGGGCUACACAGCUUGGUGGGUACGACGUUUUCACUUUCGCAUGUUUGGUUCCUAAUAAUCCUGAUUGCCCACCGGGGCCUAACGUGGAUGCUGAUUUCGGAGAGGCACCUAUGAUGCUAACCAUAUUUUCAAAUGGAAGAUUUCGUGAUGUUGUGGCGGCUGUGCAGAAAAGUGGCUUUACUUGGGCGCUUGAUCGUAACGAUGGACAUAUUGUUUGGUUUAAGAAAGCAGGGCCGGGGAGUGUGGAUGGAGGAGGAAUAUGGGGUGCAGCCACAGAUGGACGGCGAGUUUACACUAACAUAGUGAAUGGAAACAGACUUCCUUUCACCCUGGCACCUUCAACUCAAACAACAACAGCUGGUGGAUGGGUGGCAAUGGAUGCAAACACAGGCCAAAUCCUAUGGACCACUGCAAAUCCUAGCAACGAGACGUCCCCUGGGCCAGUCACCAUAGCUAAUGGAGUUCUCUUUGCAGGAUCAGUGGCACCUAAUGGACCUCUCUAUGCCAUGGAUGCCAGUAAUGGAAAAAUCUUGUGGACAUUUAACACUGGUGCUACUAUCUAUGGGGGUGCAUCAAUUAGCUAUGGUUGUGUCUUUAUUGGUCAUGGAUAUUCAGUUGGUCUAGCUAAGUUGUUCCAUCCAACUUGGACCACUGGGACUUCACUCUUUGCCUUUUGCAUUCUGUAA